UUCGCGAACCUGACUGACACCAGUAUCUGAGGAAGCAGCUGCGCCGGUGGUGUGUGUGUGUGUGUGUCGCUGUUGUGUUUUCAGCUGUCGCUCGUGUGUGUGUGUUAGUGUUAGUGUGAGUGUGUGUGUUUGUGUUUUACCGAUGGAGUCGAGCAGUGCGGCGUACGGAGCCUCUCUCGCCGGAGCGGGAUUCGAUCUCAUCAAAUUCAUCAAACAGCCUCAAACUAUCAUACGACUCCUCAGCUGGGUUUUUGCCAUUGUGGUGUUCGCCUCCAUAACCGCUGAAGGUUACGUGAACAACUACGGUGAAGCCCAAGUGAAGUGCGUCUUCAACGGGAACGACGGCGCCUGUCAUUAUGGGGUGGGAAUCGGCGUCAUCGCCUUCCUGGCUUGCGUAGUCUUCCUAUUGGCUGAUGCUUACCUGCCUUUGAUGAGCAAUGCUCAGGAGCGGAAGUACGUCGUGAUGGCGGAUCUGGGCUUCUCAGGCUCCUGGACCUUCCUGUGGUUUGUGUGUUUCUGUCUCAUGGCCGAUCAGUGGUCAAAGACCCACGACACCAGGGGCAUCCCCACAGACGCUGUCCACGCCGUCAUCGCCUUCUCCUUCUUCUCCAUCGCAUCCUGGGGAGCGUUGACUUACUUCGCUCUGGUGAGGUUUCGUCAGGGCGUCGCAGACGUGACCCACAACUACGCCGAUCCGCCCAUCGACCACACGUCACCCUACGCUCCGCCCGCAUACCCGUCCUUCCAGAACGCCGGGCCGGACGUCUACCAGCAGCCGCCCUUCAUACCGAACCCCGACCCGUCCGGCCAGAGCAGCUACCAGCCGCCCGUCUACUGACAAACCACACCCACAGGGAAGGGCAACACGACACCCGGGUCAUGCGACGCCGCGGGAUGUGGGAGGAGCCUCGACAGGCAGCCAAUAGGAGUCUGACUGUGCUUUUACAGUGUGCCCAUAAAUGUGUAAAUAUUCAAGUGUUUUCUUCUGUCUGAUGAGUUCAGAUUCGCACCGAUGAGCUGGAAUAAAGCGAUCUGUCGCUCACACUCCUGGAGUCGCAGCAGUGUUUGUGUGUUGUUCACGAGGAGGAAUGUGGCGGAUGGUCAGACAGAAACAAAAAGAGCCCUUUUACUAAUCAUGUUAGAGCUGCUCAUUACAUCAUGUGAUUCACUGGAGAGUUUUCUCAUUUCAUUGGAGACGAAUUGAAGCGCUGUAAAUUCAUGAGUGAUGCUUUUAUCUGCUUCCAGUGUGGAAAACUGAAAUAAGUCCAGUCUUCUGAUGCACAUAAACACUGUGAUGCUGAUCUCUCUGGUGCUUUUUCAUCUGUGGAAGCUUGUUUCUGCCACCCAAUUAAAAAAUUCAAAGUGCAAUCUCACAA